AUGGCUGUUCUUUUCAAUCUCUUUAUUCUUUCUUGCUUCACUUUGCUAUGCUUCACUAUUAAUACUACAUCCUUAGCCACCACUAGUCCCACUAUCACAAAACCAAAGCGAUUAGUCACCCAACUUAUUCACCAUAACUCGGUUUACUCUCCAUACUACAACCCUAAGGACACCAUAGCAGACCGAGCUAGGCAUGCCAUAGACAGUUCAAAUGCUCAUUUUGACUACAUAUGGAAGGAGAUUCAAGGGGUUUCUCUAGAAACAGAUGAUGUGCGCUCUAAUGCAAAUAUAUCCAUUGGUUCACCUCCUGUUCCACAACUCCUAACUAUGGACACAGGCAGUAGUCUAUCGUGGACUCAGUGUCAGCCUUGCAUGCACUGUUUUACCCAAGCUCUUCCAAUUUUUAAUCCACCCCAGUCAGCCACGUAUAGAUUAUUACCAUGUUCGUCUCCCAUUUGCCAGCAAGCUCCUAGUAUGAUUUGUCCAGCUUCACGUUGCGAAUUUGAACUACAAUACGGUGAUGGCACCGUUGUAUCUGGGUAUUUGGGCACUGAAAAGAUCACCUUUGAGACUUCUGAUGAAGGAAUAACGUCGGUACCUAAUUUAGUUGUUGGUUGUGCAUAUGACGUGCGUGGUAAUUGGCGUACUGACGGUGGUCAAAGUAGCGGAGUACUUGGUCUUGGUGCUCAGAUGACAUCAUUGUUGAUUAUUGGAGAUGGAGCAAGAAUAGAAGGCCCUUCUACCCCAAUUACAAUUUUUGGUGGCUACUACUAUGUAACCUUAGAAAGCAUUAGCGUGGGUGAGAAAAAGCUAGAUAUUUCGCCUAAAGUGUUUAAAGUGACCCAAAAGGGCACAGAUGGAGUCAUUAUUGAUUCAGUAGUUGCCUUUACCUUUGCAAAUGGGGUUGACUUGGCUUUAGAUGAAAAGAGCUUUUUUUACCCAGCAGAGUCAAAAAGCUUUUGCAUGGCUAUGGUUCCGAGUACUGCCGCCGACUUGACAUUAAUUGGAGUAUUGGCUCAACAAAGUUAUAAUAUUGCCUAUGACCUUGUUGAGAAUACAGUUUCCAUACAACGGAUUGACUGUGCACUCUUAGAGUGA